AUGAGCAAUUUGGAGUCCGACAUUCGCAAACUGAAGGAAAUGAUGAAGCAAGUUCUCCACAACCAAACAGAUUUAAUGGAGAUGUUGCGACAUUUCGAAGGCAAGCAAGUUGUUGGCAAUGACAAGGUGGAAGGCAAUGAUGUGUGUAUCAUUAACCUCUCAUCCAAUGUUGCUCAACUGAAGGAAAUGCUGAAAUGUACAAGGGGUGGAUCACCAACGACAGAUUUUGAAGGGAACCUUGGCAAGGGACAAAAGUCAUUUGAUGAUGGGCACAAGCUGAACAUCGAAGAAGGUGGGGACAACAAGAAGAAGGGAGGCCUUCAGUCAGGGGAAACAUAUGAAACUGAAGAUAAAUACAAUCCUGACCUUCAGUCAGUGGGCGUGAAGAACGUGGCGUGCGAUGUGCAUACUUCUCCUACUAAGCUUGGAAAACCAUUGGGAGCAACUGGAAUCGUUAGAAGAAGUGCAAAGGGAAGACGAAAAGGAAAAGGAAAAAGAAAAAUGCGCGGAAGUGGAGUUCAAGCCACUGAGGUCGGGGAUAUGCAAUUGUGCAUCGAUAGCAAAACAAAUAGUGGAGUUGACGACAGCAGUUCACCUGUGGAUGUUGAUGGUGUGGACAACGUGAACAAGGACUCGUUGACGAUGUUGGACAGCGAAGGGUUGUUAUCGGCGGAGGAACAAAAACUUCUUCACUAUGUAUUUGACGAUAGCAAAAAUGAAAUGGACAUUGUUGUUUCCAUGAAUCUUCAUGGACGGGCAUGUGAAGUUGGCACCCGGCGUGACAUGCGCACGCUCAAACCAGGGUCGUGGCUAUCCGACACUCCAAUCAACUUGGUGGUGGUGCAAUUGACUAAUCGACAGAGGGAUUUACACAAUGACGGGAGGCACACUGAUUGGUUCUUUCCCGUAUAUCUGUCGGUAAGUAAGUGUUUAAAGCUACGUUGUGUAUUGUGUAUGACAUAUUUUGACAAAUGUUUCUGUCAAUGA